AUGGGCAACCCUCGUGGACGCCGAACCAACGGCAGUCUCAAAGCCAGCAAGGGUACCCAACGUGGUACCAUAUCCAAUCUCAUGUCAGACCAGCCCCUUGCGGCACGCCCGAAGGUCUCAAUAGUCAGCAACGACGACAGUCAAGACAGUUCCGACGGCGGCGCAUCCUCGACUCCUUCCACCACCGAUUCAACCAUGAAGCCCCUCAUGAACGGUACAAAACCCAAAAUGAUGAGGAAAUCGUCGUCGCCGAUGGCCCCUGCCUUCAUGGUGUCCGCGCCAGGUAAGGUCAUCGUCUACGGCGAGCAUGCGGUCGUCCACGGCAAGGCCGCCAUGGCUGCGGCCAUCUCCCUUCGAUCUUACCUUCUCGUGACCACUCUGUCCAAGUCACAAAGAACGGUGACCAUGAACUUCAGAGAUAUUGGUCUGGAUCAUACUUGGAACAUCGACGAUCUGCCGUGGGAUGUCUUUCACCACCCAUCCAAGAAGAAGUUCUACUACAACCUCGUCACCUCCCUUGACCCCGAACUCGUCGACGCAAUCCAGCCCCACGUCGAUGCAGUGUCGCCGGAUAAACCAGAAGAUGUGCGCAAAAUCCAUCGGCGAUCCGCUUCCGCCUUCCUUUAUCUCUUCCUCUCCCUCGGUUCCCCACAGACCCCGGGCGCGAUUUACACCCUGCGAUCCACCAUCCCCAUCGGCGCCGGUCUCGGUAGCAGCGCGAGUGUCUGCGUCUGUCUGAGCGCCGCGCUCCUCCUUCAGAUCCGUACCCUUGCCGGUCCUCAUCCUGACCAACCCCCUGACGAAGCGGAGACGCAGAUCGAGCGCAUCAAUCGCUGGGCGUUUGUCGGCGAGAUGUGCACGCACGGCAACCCCAGUGGUGUGGACAACACGGUCUCCGCAGGCGGCAAGGCCGUGAUCUUCCGACGAGAGGACUACACCAAGCCACCGACGGUCAUCCCACUUCCCAACUUUCCCGAACUACCGCUGCUCCUGGUCGACACGCGACAAGCCCGCUCGACCGCUGCUGAGGUGGCGAAGGUGGGCAAGUUGAAGGACGACCAUCCAGUGGUGACAGAAGCCAUUCUGGAUGCGAUCGAUAAAGUAACCCUUGCCGCGCAGGAGGCCAUCCAGGACAUCAACAGCAAAGGUGUCUCGGCGCAGAUACUGGAGCAUUUGGGUACCUUGAUCCGAAUCAACCACGGUUUCCUCGUGUCGCUGGGCGUCUCUCAUCCCAGGCUGGAACGGAUCCGCGAGCUCGUUGAUUAUGCCAACAUUGGCUGGACAAAAUUAACUGGCGCCGGAGGCGGUGGCUGCGCAAUCACGGUUUUGCGUCCAGAUGUCAAGGAGGAGGCUGUUCGCGAUCUCGAGCAGAAGCUAUCCGUCGAAGGUUUCGAGAAGUACGAGACAACUUUGGGCGGAGACGGUAUCGGUGUCCUUUGGCCGGCGGUGCUGCGCAACGGAACCGAUGAAGAGGGUGGCGAGGAGAUUGACCAGCAGAAGUUCGAGAACGCAGUUGGCACCGAGGGCAUCGAGCGUCUUGUUGGUGUUGGCGUUCAGGAGAAGCGGGAGGGUUGGAAGUUCUGGAAACGAGCGACUCAUUUCUCCUCGUAA